ACACGGGCUUCGGAACACGCCUUUGCCUGCGGCUCUCUGCGGGGAAGCCACCGGCAAGAUAAGGACUUUGCUGUUGGAGCACCAUCUUGGGAAAGCUGGGAGAGACUCAGGGUUUGUGGCAUAGUAUGGAUUUGACAUCAUCACAACAUAAUCAUCUACAAAAUCAACGGGUCAGAGAAUUUGAAAGACAAGAAGGGGAAAAAGAAGAUGAAGAGAUAGUUGCAGAAAUCAUGGGAAGGCGUUUUUUUCCUGAUGUUAUAGCUUAUAAGGCCUGGGAAGGCUUUCACUUUGCCGGCCAUGAGAUAAGAAUUACAGAAGCCACUGAUUGUUACGGGGCAGUCGUCUGGCCAUCGGCUCUUGUUCUGUGUUAUUUUUUGGAAACUAAUUCUAAGCAAUGCAAUUUGGUUGACAAAAAUGUGAUUGAAAUUGGAGCUGGAACUGGCUUGGUCUCCAUAGUAGCCAGUUUGCUGGGUGCCUUUGUGACUGCCACAGAUUUGCCAGAACUACUGGGAAACCUUCAGCACAAUGUUCUCCAAAAUACAAAGCAGAAAUGCAAACACCAGCCCUGUGUUAAGGAGUUGUCUUGGGGAAUUGAUCUGGAAAAGAACUUUCCUAGGUCUUCCUGUCACUUUGACUACAUUAUGGCCACUGAUGUAGUUUACCACCAUCCAUUCCUGGAUGAACUCCUCCUAACUUUUGAUCACUUGUGCAAGGAUGAUACUGUUAUUCUGUGGGCCAUGAAAUUUAGGUUGGAGAAUGAGAAUCUAUUUGUAGACAGGUUUCAGACGCUGUUUGACUUAGAGAUGAUUUCUAAUUUUCCCAGUUUGAACAUAGCCUUGUAUAAAGCAAUGAGGAAAGGCAGGAUGAAAGCCAGACCUUCCAAACUGAAGGUCUGA